AUGGAAAAUACUUUAUUUUGGCUGAUAAUUUUCAUCCCUGGGUGGGCCCUCUCUGAUGGGUCUGAAACAGAACCAGAUUUUACAUGGCACUUGAGCAGAAUACCCCAGGUUGUGAGUGAGAAGACUAUUCGUUUGGGCAGCCCCACGUUCCAGGCGGAUGCUGGGGUGGUGAAGACCACAGUGUGUGGCAUCGAAUGUCAGGAAGAGCUCCCUGGUCCCAGCCUUUCCCAGCUGGAAGACUCUCUUUCCUAUGAGACGGUCUUCGAAAAUGGCACUCGAACCUUAACCAGGGUCAAAGUUCAAGGUCUGGUCCUGGAACCUACUCAGAACAGCAGCAUAAAAGGAGCACGCCCUAGGAGAAGGAGGCAGGUGUACGGUACGGACAGCAGGUUCAGCAUCUUAGACAAAAGGUUCUUGACCAAUUUCCCUUUUAAUACAGCAGUGAAGCUGUCCACCGGCUGCAGCGGCGCCCUCAUUUCCCCCAACCAUGUGCUCACAGCUGCCCACUGUGUCCACGACGGGAAGGACUAUGUCAAAGGCAGUAAAAAGCUGAGGGUAGGGGUGCUAAAGAUGAGAAAUAAAGGAGGCCGCAAGAAACGCAGAGGUUCCAAGAGGAGCCGGAGAGAAGCGGAGAGUGGUGGCCAAAGUCAGGACCAUCCUCCGGAGAGCACCACCCAAAAACCGGGAAAAAAAUCCAGGCGGGGUCUGAAAGUCGCCCAAGGAAGGCCUUCUUUCCAAUGGACCCGCGUCAAGAGCACCCACAUUCCCAAAGGCUGGGCGAGGGGAGAGAAAGGGGACCCGGCCUUGGACUACGACUAUGCGCUCCUGGAGCUGAAGCGCGCACAAAAGCAGCAGCAUAUGGAGCUGGGAGUCAGCCCCACCAUCACCAAGCUGCCGGGAGGCCGGAUCCACUUCUCUGGAUUUGACAACGACAGGGAUGAUCAGUUGGUGUAUCGGUUUUGCAGUGUUUCCGAGGAAUCCAAUGACCUCCUGUAUCAGUACUGUGAUGCUGAGGCAGGCUCCACCGGCUCUGGGAUCUACCUGAGGCUCAAAGAGCCAGGUCAAAAAAAUUGGAAGCGCAAAAUCAUCGCGGUCUACUCGGGCCACCAGUGGGUGGAUGUGCAUGGAGUUCAGAAGGACUAUAACGUGGCUGUGCGCAUCACUCCGCUCAAGUACGCCCAGAUUUGCCUCUGGAUCCACGGAAACGCUGCCAACUGUGCUUAUGGCUGA